CGCUUUGCUCUCACGUCGACAGAUUGACCGAAAAGAGCAUCUUACAAAAGGGUCGGACUGUCGGACCCCACACGCCAUGCUUCGCCUGGGACGUCGGUGGCCGAGAACGCGCUGUUCACUCCACCGCGGUGGCUUGGCAGUACUGUCCACCCAGACGGGUGACGCCAAGUCGAAGCCAGGCUUCCUUGCUGCUUGGAAGGCUUGCCGUAAAGAAGAGCGCCGCCAGUUGCUGGUGAUAUCUGUCUCCGGGGCUGCGCUCAAUGUGGGGAUGGGUGUCGUUAUCCCAGCGCUGCCUCAGUUGUCGCAGGAACUGGGCUUCGGUGCUACAGGAGUGGGUCUACUCUUGGCGGCUCCGAGCCUCGCUCGGUGUCUUUUCAAUCUGCCUGCGGGCGCCUUGGUGGACAGCCUGGGCCGAGUGCCCUGCAUGGUCAUGGGCGAAAUCUUUGCCGCGCUGGGAUGUUUGGGAACAGGUCUUGCUUGGUCCUUGAGUUCCAUGCUCCCAGUUCGCUUUAUGGGCGGCACGGGCGCGGCCCUGGCAGCCGCGGGGUCCCAGGCAUAUUUGACCGACCUCACGGAAAGACCCCACUUGAAACCGAUGCGCGGCACCAUUUUGGGUGCCCAAGGAGGUCUUAUUGCAGCUGCAUACGUGGUGGGCCCUGCCAUUGGUGGUGCCUUGACGCAUUUCUACGGCGCGCAGACCGCCUACUGUGGAGUCGCUGUGCUCAUCGGGCUCUGUGGGGCAGCCUAUGCUACGUUGCCCGAGACCAUGAACAGAGCAAUGCACAGCAGGACAUCACCCGGAGUUGGGUCACUUUUUGCAUCGCUCCGAUCACUUGGAUCAGCCAAAUCGACGAUUCUCUUAGCCCAAGCAGCUAGAGAUUGGCAAGACUUGUUGCGAGAUCCCCGGCAACAAGGACUUUUUUCAGCGAACUUAGCUUUGUUCUUGAACUAUGCGGCAAUGAUUACUGUGAUGCCACUACAGACCAGCCGCUUGUUUGGUCUUGGGGUGGCAGAAAUUGGAGUUCUCUAUUCCGUGGGCGCUGCUGUUGGCAUCCUUGCAGCUCCUAUCAUGGGAACUUUGUCUGAUAAAUAUGGCCGUGUGCCCCUGAUUGCCCCAGCAGCUUUGCUCUGUGGUCUUGGUUGCUUUGGUGUCGCCAGCGCUGAGGUCUGGGAACUCUUUGUGGCGUCGUAUGUGACCUGGAGCGUGGGUGAAGCUGCUUUGGCUCCGUUGCUGAGCGCUUAUGCUGCGGACAUCGCGCCCAAAGAGCAUGUGGGCUCCGCCAUGUCCUUGAGCCGCCAAGCGGGGGACCUGGUCUUGUUCUUGGGACCCCCUCUAUUGGGCUUCAUCUACGAUACCUCCCCGGGGUCUUCUGCUCUGACACUGACGGGUCUUUUGACCUGCCUGGGCGCGGUCAUCUUCCGUGCAAAGACGUGAGGAAAAAACACGAUGCAGCGACGAACAGCGCGACG